AUGGCCGCCUGCAUCCCGCCCCUCUGGAGCGGCUGGCCGGCGCUGCCGUGCGCGGCGGCGCCCUCGCGGCCCGACGUCGAGGCUCCGGAGGCCCUGGGGAAAGGCUCCGCGGGGAACGCAUGCGUCUCCGAGAACAGCGAUGCUUCGUUCCUCGAGUUCCGCUUCAGAGAUAAGCAUCGCGCGGUGAAACACAGGAGGAAGCUGAAGGACCUGCGCGAGACCAGCAGGAGCACCACGUCAGCGCAGGGUGGCCACGGCAGCAUCCAUGGAGGCAGAGAUCAGGAGCCUCCUCAAGCCGAGCCCGCGAGGAUGAAUUCUACUGUUGGCGGGUUUGCGAACGAGGUGGCCCGGCCUCAUUGCGACAGAGUUUUGUGA